AUGCCUCGCGCGGUGCCGAAAUGGCUCCAGGAGGAGGCGGAGGAGGCCGCGCGCGAGUCCGCGAAGCUCCGCUCGCGGCGGACGCGACCGGAGCUGAGGAAACACGCGGAGACGGAGCUGGUCGCGGCGCUGUCGACGCUCGAGUCGAUCUCGCGCGAGGGGCGUCAACGCGGCGACGCGGUCGCCGACGCGUCGUCGUCGUCGUCGUCGUCGUCCCCGGGCGCGUCGCCGCCCGUCUCGCCGACGAUGAUAAACGCGCUCAAGAGCAAGCCCAAGGGCGAGCGAACCGCGCUCGGCGUCCUCACGAACGCGUAUCUCGACACGACGGAGCGCGAGAAGUGCGCGACCACGACGGCGAAGAAAUCGGAUCUCAACGACUCCGCCGACGCGCGCGCGCCCUCCGCCGCUAAUGCCGCCUCCGGCGUCGUCUCCGCGAAGAGCCGAGCGCUCAUCGACGAGAAAGAGCGGCGGAUGCGCAGCGACGAGGCCGCGGCGGCGGCCUUGAUGGCGAGAGACAAGGCGGAAGCGCGCGUCCGCGACCUCGCAGCGAAGCUCGCCGCGCUCGAGCUCGAGGCGCGCGAAAGCCGCGCGGCGCUAAAGGUGGCGCGCGCGGAGGGCGCGGCCGAGGCGCGCGCGAUCGCGGAGGACGACGCGAAAAGAGCCUCCGAGUCGAUGCUCGCCGCCGCCGCGGAGGCGACUAAAGCGGCGGACGCUCGAUGCGCCGCCGCGGAGGAGGCGAAGACGCGCGUCGAGUCGACGUUCCGCGAGCAGCGAGAGGUGAUGGAGAUCAUGUUCAAGGACCUGGAGGUGGCGACGGAGAUGCAGAGCGCCAACGCCGCGGACGCCGCCAAAUCGCGCGACGAGCUGAAGCGCGUCAUCGCGGAGCUCGAUGACGCGCGUACCGCGCUUCUCCGCGUCCGAGAGGACGCGGAGAAGGUCGAAGGCGGCUUGAGGGCGGAGCUGCGGAGCGCGCGCGACGCGUUCGCGUGCGAGCGGCGACGAAUGGAAGAAGCCGCGGCGGCGGGGGACGGCGCGCGCGAUGCGAUGCUCGUCGAGGCGAUGACGAAGGCGAGGGAAGAGGCGCUGGCGGUCGCCGAACGAGAGAGGAGCGCAGCGGUGGCGGACGCGAUGCGCGAGGCGGCGAAGGAGAAGGAGGAGGCGUUGGCGGCGGCGGCGGCGACGGCGGCGACGACGGCGGCGGCGGCGGAGACGGCGACGAAAGCCGCGAAGGAAGACCUCGACCUCGCGACGCGCGCGGCGUCGGACGCGAAGGCGGCGCUGACGGACGCGAUCGCGAGACACGCGGAGGACAAGAAGCUCGCGCUCGACGCGCUCGUCGCGGAGCACGCGAAAGAGGUGGCCGCGUUGAAGGCUGACAGCGCGGCGGCGGCGACGGCGCGCGAGGAAACCUUCGCCGAGGAGACGCGCGCGGCGAUCGAAGCCGCCGUCGCCGACGCGACGACGCGCGCGGAGGCGACGCACGCGGCUGCUCUGAAGGCUGCGGUCGCCGACGCGACGACGCGCGCGGAGGCGACGCGCGCGGUCGCUCUGAAGGCUGCGGUCGCCGACGCGACGACACGCGCGGAGGCGACGCACGCGGCUGCUCUGAAGGCUGCGGUCGAGGACGCGGCCGCGAGCGCGCACGAACGCGCGACGUCCGCGGCGACCGCCGCGGCGGAACGCGAGCUCGACGCGCGAGAGGCGUCGCACGCGGUGGCGAUGGCCGCGGCGAAGACGGCGCUGGAAGAGACGAAGGCCGAGCUCCGCGUCGAGAGGCUGACGCCGCGGAUGACGACGACGAACUCGGAGCUCGAAGAAGAACUGAAGAGCGUGCGCGCGGAGAGGGACGAGCUCGAGCGCGAGAGGGACGCGCGGAUCGCCGCGGCGACGGCGGCGGAGGAGGCCAAGGCGCGCGCGGAAGCCGCGGAGCUCGCCGCCGCGCUGAGCGCGCGCGAGGCGAAGAACGACGUCGUCGCGGUGAAGAACGACCUCGCGCACGCGAGAGCCGCGCUCGCGACCGCGCGCGGGGAGAUGGACGCGAUGCGAGCGGGGAUGGAGGAGGAGGCGCGGGAACGCGAACGCGAACGUGAACGCGAACGCGCGGCGGCGGCGGCGACGACGGAGAUUGAGAUACCGCUCGACGACCCGAAAGACUUCUCGAGAGAAGCGGCGCAGGAGAUGAUCAAGGCGCUGACGAUUCGCAACGCGGAACUCUCGAGGGAGCUCUCGAGGGAGAAGAAGAAAGGGUACGGCGGCGCCGCCGUCAUCGAAGGCGUCGCCGGCGUCCUCGACAUGUUCUUCAACGGCGUCGACGACGACGACGACGACGGCGAGGUUGGCGAGGUCGGCGACGCCAGAGCGGCGCCGGAAGUGGAGGACACCCCGCGGACGCUAAAGAAGCGGUGA